UUUGUGGUAAGUUGUCACAUUGCCUCACUUCAAACACGUUAGUGUCACUGUUGGCUGUGGGCAGCUGUAAUGGAUCACAUAAAGGAUGGCUGGUUUACGGAGUCGUGCACGUUAUGGCCCGGCCAGGCGAUGAGCCUCCAAGUAGAAGAAGUCCUCUACAACAAGAAGUCCAAGUUCCAAGAUGUUAUGGUCUUCAAGAGUAAAACCUAUGGGAAUGUCUUGGUGCUGGAUGGAGUGAUCCAGUGCACAGAGAGAGAUGAGUUUGCCUAUCAGGAAAUGAUUGCUAACCUCCCCCUGUGCAGUCAUCCUUCCCCCAAGAAGGUUCUGAUUAUUGGUGGAGGAGAUGGUGGAGUGCUCAGGGAAGUGGUAAAGAACCCCCUGGUGGAAUCCGUGAUUCUCUGUGAGAUAGAUGAGGAUGUCAUUAACGUAUCGAAGAAGUACCUCCCAGGAAUGGCCAAAGGCUUUUUCAGUCCCAAGCUCACCCUCCAUAUCGGCGAUGGCUUUGAAUUCAUGAAGCAGAACCAGGAUGCUUUUGACAUCAUUAUAACUGAUUCCUCAGACCCAGUGGGACCUGCUGAGAGUUUAUUCAAAGAGUCUUACUAUCAGCUGAUGAAGGCAGCAUUGACAAGUGGUGGAAUUCUUUGCUCCCAGGGAGAGUGUCAGUGGCUCCAUUUGGAGCUGAUAAAGGAGAUGCGAACCUUCUGCAAGACCCUAUUCCCAGUGGUGGACUACGCCUACAGCACUAUCCCAACUUAUCCCAGCGGCCAAAUUGGAUUCAUGCUCUGCAGUAAAAAUCCUGAAACAAAUUUCAAGGAUCCAGUGAAAGCGCUGUCAAAAGAAGAAAUGGAAAAUAUGAACCUUAAAUAUUACAAUCCUGAAAUUCACAAAGCAUCAUUCGUCCUCCCGGAGUUUGCCAGAAAGGUGCUCAGUGAAGCAUGACCAGCAACAGCAGACCGCCACGUUCAUCCUCUACCUGGCCCUCACACACACUGCAGAUAAACUUCUACUACGCCUCCUCAACGUAGUUCAGCAUUAACCAAGAGAGUUAUCAGCUGUUGGGAAUUUGCUGAGUUUUCCAGAAAAAGUGUUUAUUUGAUUCAGUGUUUCCUUUAAAUCUUACACACUCUGUGUUUCUUUGUUUUUCUGACGUAUUUUUACUGUCAUCGUCUUAUCAGCAUUUUGUGUGGAGUAAUUCGGUGGGCUGGGCCGAGUGGGAUGAGCACCAAACCUGACCUCACUCUGAAACAUUGUACUGUUGAUUCUAUUCACUGUAUCUACACAUUAUGCAAUAUAUUACAUAUGAUAUAGAGUAUAUAUACUGUAUAUAUGUGAUGUAUUGCUGCACAUUUAUUCAGAAAUGUUUAUCGGUUUGCGCUCAAUGGAAGAAUUACGCAGUGCGCCAUCUGUCAUGACUAUUCAAAAAUACUGAUGUUUCCGCUACACAUGAACCCUAUAGUGCCUGAAAUUGAUUGUGUAUUGCUGAAAAAGUAAACUUACUCUGUAUCUUAUCAUAAUGUACCAGACAAAUGGUGACCUGGACAAAUACUCAAGAAUUAAAUACCCCUUUAAAAUAUCACCAAGUGGAGAUUAAGUAAAGUUGAUUGGCUGAGAUUGAUACAAAAAUUUAGUUUUCUGGUGUUAAAAUGCAAAUUAAGAGAUGUCUUUUAAAAUGUGAAUUCGUUCUGCAGUUAGAAGUCGUGUAUUGGGUAUUGACCGCUGAUAGUGAGUCUACAUUCUGAGUCUUAGCGUAGGAUGCCGUUAAUUUCUCUCCCAGUGGAAAUCUCAUGUUUCAGUGUGGUUUGUUGAGCUAAUGUCAAACAUCGUAUGUUAAUACGUAUUUGUUACUUAAGUCCACAUCUGAAUCUUUGUUGAGACGUAGUGUCAUACCUGAGCGAAGAAUUUGUGUUUUUAUAAGAAUUAUGAACUGUAAUAAAUUAGUAACACAAAAUGGG